GGUUACGUCACGUGACGUCAUGGUAGGCAAAAAGCUGCUGGUGGGCGAGGAGGGCGGGCUGAACCCUCCUCGCCCACCAGUUGCGCGCGGGAAACGCAAACAUGCCGACCAGUUGUUGUGCGCUGAAUUGUACUAACCGGAAGGAUAAAGGCAGUAGAAAGAAGUUUUUUAGAAUCCCUGCGGAACCAGGACGAAGGGCUGCAUGGCUUAGAGCCUUAAAAAGGUCAGAUUUUGAGCAGGGAAAGAAAAACCCGACCGCGGCGUGGACACCACGAGGCCACGAGAGAGUGUGCAGCGACCAUUUCAUCUCAGGGAACCCUUCUAAAGACCCUGCAGAUCCAGAUUACGUCCCAAGCUUGUUUAACCUCCCAACCUCAGCAAGUUGCAAUCGUUCAAGAAACCCAGUUGCCAAGAAAGAUCGGUAUAUGCGUGCAGCAAAAAGGCUGCGGGUGUCAUCAGAGAAUGAAGCCCCACCUACAUCACUAAAUGAUGAAGAAAUGAUCGCUGACCCUCCUCCUGAAAGUGUAGAGACUCUGAGAGACCCCCUUCCUGAAAGUGUAGAGACUCUGAGAGAACAGCUCACAAAAGUACAAGAGGAGAAAUGUAAGUUGGAACAGUUUUGCGAGUCCCUUCAAAGUGAAGCUGACAACCUUAGGGAAGAACGUGAUCACCUUCAAGAACAAAUCAAGAAAUCAUCAACAUCAGCCUCCAAUCUCACAGAUGCAAAAUGCAAGCUCUUCACUGGAAUACCUACUGUUGCACUGUUUAUGUUUGUGUUUAGACUUGUUAGUGAUUUCAUUGCUCCUCUAAAGUCCAUGUGUCAGCAGGAUCAAAUACUCAUGACUCUCAUGAAGUUGAGACUAGGCCUAAAAAAUGCUGAUCUAGCUUUGAGAUUUAGUGUUUCUGCCUCCACAGUUUCAAAAGUCAUAAACAGUUGUAUUCCAAUCUUAGCUGUCCGACUAAAGUUCCUGAUUCAUUGGCCGUCCAAGGAAACCGUAAAGCGCAAUCUUCCCAAAAAAUUUCGGAAAAAAAAAUACUCAAACUGUAGAGUCAUCAUUGAUUGCUCAGAGAUUUUCACUGAGAGGCCAUACAAUUUAAAGACCCGAGCAAAGACCUGGAGUAACUACAAACACCAUCAUACGUUCAAAUUUCUGGUAGGUAUUACACCUUAUGGAGCAGUGUCAUUUCUGUCCAGUUCCUGGGGUGGAAGAAUUUCUGAUAAAGACAUUACGCUAAAAAGUCGUUUCUAUAACAAAGUGGAAUAUGGUGAUAUGAUUAUGGCAGAUCGGGGAUUCACCAUUUCUGAGGAACUUGCCCUGAAAGGAGCAACACUAGUUAUGCCACCAUUUACCACAGGAAGGACACAACUCCCGGGGCGUAUCGUCCAAGAUGCCAGACAGAUAUCAACUCUAAGAAUUCAUGUAGAACGUGCAAUUGAAAGAAUCAAGAACUUCCAAAUUCUCAGCCAAAUCUGUCCAUUAACAUUUGCCCCUCUACUCAGUGACAGUGUUGUUAUCUGUGCGGCUCUUACAAACUUACUUCCAAAGCUAAUCAAGUAAUUUUUAAUGGCAAUGUUGUCUGCACGAGCUGGCCUUUUCUGUAUAUCAAAAUACUGAGAUUGAAGGUAAAAUGUUAAAGGGACACAAAACAAAUUUUUGGGAAGCCCACUACAAUAUAAUAAGUAUACCACAAAGUACAAUUCUUACUUGUUUUACAUUAGUUUUUUAAAACAUGACAUAAAACUGUAAAAUGCCUUCUAUUGUUAUACUAGUA